AUGCGCUUGUAUAAAAGAACUGGCCAGGCACAGGAGAAGCAGCUGCGCGUCUGGAAAAAGUUCUCAGAAUCAGUCAGCGCGGCGAUAGAUAUUGAUGCUGAGGAGCCGAUGCCAAAUACUUAA